AUGACAAUCGACGCCAAUACCUCCGUCUACGUGGGUAAUCUUCCGUACGACAUCACCGAGGAGCUCAUUCGCAGAGAGUUCUACAUGUAUGGCGCCAUUCUAGCCGUCAAGAUAAUCAAUGACCGAGCCACUGGGGGAAGAUGCUAUGGAUUUGUCACUUUUGCUAAUCCUAGAUCAGCAAUGCAAGCCAUGAAGGAAAUGGAUGGCAAGACCAUUGAUGGAAGAGUUGUCAAAGUGAAUGAAGUGAAGACUAGAGGUGGGAAAGCAAACUUUAACCAUGAGCGUUCUCGACAUGAUACCGACAGGAGUACUGAUGGUGAUAGAGGUAGAGAUCCAGGAAGAGUUGGUAGUCGUGAUAGGAAACGUCAUCUGGAAGAACAUUGGGAGAGAUCUCAAGAACAAGACCGAAACAAGGAGAGGAGUCGUGAUCGUAAAAGGGAUCUAUAUAUAGAUGAAAAGCGAUUUCGGCUUUCUAGCCGAGCCAUGGAUGAUGCUGAGCAGGAGCAUGGUAGAAAGCAUGAUCUUCAUACUGAAAAGGACACUGAUGAGAAGAUUGAGGAACAGAGGAACACCAAUGAUCAUAGAAGUAGGGACGAAUUUAAACACCAGCAACUCCCCUUACGGAAAAGGUCUAGAUUCGAUGAUCAUGGUAUCCGAGAGCUGUCUUUGGAGUCAUUCAACGAUGAUGAGGAUCAGGGUAAAAAUAAUCUAGCGAUUUCAAUCCGAAAGCUUGAAGGACUUCGUCAGGAGAUAUCUCGGAUGGAAGAAUUGGUAGCAGACAAGCAGGAAGUUGUUUCCAAAUUACAGGAAAAGUGCCAGAAAUUGGAAGAUUCACUACUUUCAGCCAGAAAACUUACUUCAUGCCGUCAUUUACAAUUAGCCAAGAUGCAUAAAAUUUAUCAGCAAAUUCGAGAUUAUGAUGAGAGAUUCAAAAGAUCGGAACAAGAACUCCAGUGGCUCAUAAACUCAACCACAGCCGAGUUGGGAAAUGAUGGUGGGGGCAAUGGAGAUUAA